AUGACCUCAUUUGGAAAUAGUCUUGUAGAAGGGGUUGGAUCACCUGAGAUCGUUCUGGAGUCAGGGAUGAACGGCACUCUGGAUGGCAGCGAGAUCCUCGAGUUGACCUUAAUCAACAUCACGAUGGACGCGUGGGGUGUAACCUUUCUCAUACUCAGCGUUCUGACCCUGCUCACCUGCGUGUGCGGGAUGGUGGGCAAUGGUGUGGUCGUCUGGCUGCUGGGCUUCCGCGUGCAGAGGAACCCCUUCUCUGUCUACGUCCUCAACCUGGCGGUGGCUGACUUCCUCUUCCUCCUCUGCUUGGUCCUUGUGCUAAGCAUGGAAUUCCUCAAGAAGAUGAUUGAGACGUACUUCUUCUUCUUCCUGCUGCUAAUAAUAGUGAUGUUCUUUGCAUACACCGCGGGCCUGAGCCUGCUGACCGUCAUCAGCGUCCAGCGCUGCCUCUCCGUCCUCUUCCCCAUCUGGUACAAGGUCCACAGGCCCCGGCACCUGUCCACCGUGGUGUGCACCCUGCUCUGGGGGCUGGCUCUCCUCAUGAUGACACUGGCCAUUUCCUUCUGCUAUACUGACAUUCAGCGAGGCUUCACCAUGGACAUGUUCAUGAAUGUUCUCAUUCUGGGGAUCUUUACACCCAUUAUGAUCCUCUCCAGCGUGGUCCUCUUCGUCCAGAUCCAGAGAAGACCCCGCGCGUGGCGUCGGCGAUCCGUGAGGCUGUUUGUGAUCAUCCUGGUCUCAGUCCUGGUGUUUGUGGUCUGCUCUCUGCCCUUCGGCAUCUUCUGGACCCUCCUCUACAGGCUACAAGCACGUUCUUACGUGUAUUAUCUGUUAAUGAAGCUGUCAUGCUUCACCUCGUCCCUGAGCAGCAGUGCCAACCCCUUCAUCUAUUUCCUGGUGGGCAGACGGAGGAGCAGCAGCCUAAGGGUGCCCCUGAGGUCCAUCCUGAGCAGGGCAUUGCAAGAGGGCCCAGAGUUGGGGGGAAAAGAAAUGUCCUCCACAAGUGGUUACCAAGACAAAUCGUCAGCAGGUCGCCUUGAGGACCUCUCCUGA